AACAAACCGUUUCGUCGGGUUCGUUUCGUUCGUUCGUUCGAGGUUCGUGGUGGUCUCAGGUCUCCUUCUCUCUCUAUCUUUGUUUUAUAUUUUAAAACACGGCAAAGUCCAACAAAAGUAAAUUUAUUAUAAAUAUAAAAAUUAGUUAAAAUUAUAUAAAGUUUAGAAUUGUGAACUCGAAGUCGAUCUUAAUUCGUACAAAGAAAGUAAAUUAGCAUAUUUUUAUCUUGAUAUUUAAUUUUUGUACGUCUUCAAUUGGAAUCAUCUCAAAGUGCACUCAAAGUGCGGUUCUUGAAUCGUGUUUUUCUUUUUGCGAAGAGUUAGUGGAGUCUUUCGUCCUCUUGGAAUAGAAGCAACACACAGAUUUUCAAAGCAUUCUUGCUUCAACAUUAAGAACAACCUCAUCGUCGUCGGUCGUCGUCUUCGUCAUCAUCUUUUCUCCAACGAGCUCCAAUCUAACCAAACAGCUCUAAAGCUAACAUCAGCAUUCGGCAUAUUAAACUGAAACUGAAACUCCACCUCAUUCAUAUCGAUUGUGUCUCGGUUCGGCGCGAUUUUUUUUUUCCUGUCUUGGAGGAAGAUAAUAACAAAGUGAAAUAAGAAAAGUAAAUAAAAUUAUUUGAUAAAAUUAAUUUGUGAGAAAUAAAAUAAAAGUAAAACACAAAGAUGUCGACGCUAAGCAACAAAUUCAAAACUCUUUCUGUUGAGGAAAAAGCUGAAAUUCAAGAAAAGUUCACAGACAUCGAUACAAACAAAGAUGGCUUCAUUGAUUUGUCCGAACUUAAAGAAGCUCUCGAUCAAGUAGGGUUCAAAUUAGCUGGCUAUCAAGUUCGUGAAAUGAUCGAUGAAUUCCGCAACAAACAAAGAACCACCCAUGCGGGUAAACUUAAUUUAGAAGAAUUCGAAAGUCUAUGCUUGGAUUUGAAAUCAAAAGAUGUUGCGAGCACUUUCAAAACAGUUGUCUCGAAAAAAGAGAAUCUUGAAACAUUGGGUGGUAUGUCAUCAAUUUCAUCCGAAGGAACAACACAUUCGGUUCGACUCGAAGAACAAUUGGCCUUUUCCGAUUGGAUAAAUUCAAAUCUUGGACAUGAUGUUGAUUUGAAACACUUACUACCAAUCGAUCAGGAAGGCAAGCAUCUGUAUUUAUCGAUUAAAGAUGGUAUCCUGCUGUGUAAAAUUAUCAAUCACUCCUGCCCGGAUACAAUUGACGAACGUGCAAUCAAUAAAAAAAGCCUAACUGUCUACAGGGAAUUUGAGAAUUUAACACUGGCUUUGGUUUCGUCACAAGCUAUUGGUUGCAAUAUUGUUAAUAUCGAUGCUCAUGACUUGGCGAAAGGAAAACCACAUUUGGUUUUGGGAUUGUUGUGGCAAAUCAUUCGAAUUGGUUUGUUUAGUCAUAUCACUUUGGAUAGUUGUCCUGGUUUGGCUGGACUUUUGUUCGAAGAUGAACGUUUGGAGGAUUUGAUGAAACUUUCGCCAGAAGCUAUUCUCCUGCGUUGGGUUAAUCAUCAUUUAGAAAAGGCUGGAAUUUCGAGACGUUGCACCAAUUUCCAGAGUGAUAUUGUCGAUUCAGAAAUCUAUUCACAUUUGUUGAAACAAAUAGCACCAAAUGACUCUGGAGUCACUGUGGAAGCUUUGAGAGAAUCCGAUUUAUCAUCAAGAGCUGAGAUAAUGUUGCAACAAGCUGCAAAAUUGAACUGCCGUAGUUUCUUGACACCCCAAGAUGUUGUAAAUGGAGUUUAUAAAUUGAAUUUAGCCUUCGUUGCCAAUUUGUUUAACAAUCAUCCAGGAUUAGAUAAACCAGAAGAAAUCGAGGGUCUCCAGACAAUCGAAGAAACCCGAGAAGAAAAAACUUAUAGAAAUUGGAUGAACUCAAUGGGUGUAGCUCCACAUGUCAACUGGCUUUACUCUGAUUUAGCUGAUGGUUUGGUGAUAUUCCAAUUAUUCGAUAUAAUCAAACCAGGCAUUGUUAAUUGGAGUAAAGUACACAAGAGAUUUACUCCACGAAAGAAGUUUAUGGAAAAAUUAGAAAAUUGUAAUUAUGCUGUAGAAUUGGGCAAACAACUGAAGUUCUCAUUAGUCGGAAUUGCUGGACAGGAUUUGAAUGAUGGAAAUGCCACUUUGACAUUAGCUUUAAUCUGGCAAUUAAUGCGCGCCUACACUCUGUCGGUUCUGUCACGCCUAGCCAACACUGGUAAUCCAAUAAUUGAAAAAGAAAUUGUCACAUGGGUGAAUGAAAAACUUACUGCUGGAGGCAAACAAACUAGUUUAAGAAACUUCAAUGAUUCCGCAAUUGCUGAUGGCAAGAUAGUUAUUGAUUUGAUUGAUUCAAUAAAACAGGGAAGCAUAAACUAUGAUUUAGUGCGACACUCUAACACUGAAGAGGAUAAUCUUGCCAAUGCAAAAUACGCAAUUUCAAUGGCCCGCAAAAUUGGAGCACGUGUCUAUGCCCUGCCUGAGGAUAUCACAGAAGUGAAACCAAAAAUGGUAAUGACUGUGUUUGCGUGUCUAAUGGCCAUGGAUUACAUUCCCAAUAUGGAUAGUGUACAAAACAACAUUAACAGCAAUUAAGUAAAAGUUCCCAAAAAACAAACAGAAAAUAAAAACAAGCAAUACAUGUAUUUUUUAUUAUAAUCUUAAAAAAUAAGAUAAAAAAAUUAACUUGGAUUUUAAGUAUACAACAACAAAACAACAAAAACAAAAAAAGAGAAACCCCAUUCUCGUCCAUAUUUACUUAAAUUAAAUUUUCUUUGCUGACGACUUGGAGUAUUAUACGUCACUUCCUAUUUACCAAUCAGGAAUUGGUAUAUUUCCACCAAGUCAAGCAAACAAACAUUAGCAACAAAAAUUAAAACAAACAAUUUAAAUCUAAACAAAACACCUUUUAUUAUUAUUGUUUAUUUUUUAGUAUUUUAUUAUUUUUUCUUUUUUAAAUUUUUUUAAGAAGAAAUUGAGAAAAAAAAUAAACAAAUGUAACCUAAUUUUAUGUAGGUGCUGUAAUUAUUAUUAUAAUUUUUAUAUAUAAUUAUACAUAUAUAUAUUUAAAGUGAUUAUUUAAAUUAUGUAUUAAAUUGUGAACAUAAUGUAUUUUUUAAAUUUAAUUUUAAUAUUAAACAAAAAAGAAAAGAAAAAAAACUAAACAAAACUUUUAAUUGCUAAGCAAAAUGAUGACCUUUUUUUAAAAACAACAUAAUUUAAUAACACAACAUAACAACAACAAAACAGUAAAAACAUACACUCUAUGUACAAUAUUGUUCAGUUUUGAUGUAUUAAAGAAAAAGCUUGAACGCUUACAAUUAGGUACAACAAUUGUUUUUUUAUUUUUUAAUAUAUUUUUUAAACAAAAUACAAUUUGAUUGGUUUAAUGAGUUGAUAAGUUGGUAUGCAUUAUACAUCUUGGAAUUCUGAAAUAGCUAAACAAAUUAUCAGGAAAACUUUAUAAGGUAUACAAAAGAACUAGAUUUUUCUUCUUCUUCUAUCUAUGGCCAGCUAAGCUAUCAUAGCAAGAUAACUCUAGAAUGUGUUUUAUCAGCUAUUAAACUGAUGUAAAUCUUCUUUCUAUUUAAAAUUUUCAAUAUAACUUUCAAAACCCAAAAAGGGCAGAUAUUUCAUUCUUCAAAAUGUUGCCUUUAAAGUGAUUAUACGAGUACAGCUGGUUUCAGUUUUCGAUAUUUCGAUUGAUUUUAAAAAUGUCUUCAAAUCAAAAAUCCUUAAAGAUGAUAAUUAUAUCGCGAUAAGUUUUUUUUUUGUCGAUUUUAUUUCGAUGUAAAUGCAGGAUCAAGUUGAUAACAAUUGGAUUUGUAAAAUGUUCGCUUAAGAGUAAACUUUUGAAUCGCUAUAAAUAGUGAACUUAUUCUGGGAUAUCUCACACACAAAAGCAGAAAAUGGCUAAAAAGUAUGAAAUUGUUUCCCUUUUGUUUUGUAGGGGGAAUGAGAACAACACUAAGUAGUGCCUAAUUGCUGCUUUCAGGCAAUUGUUUCGAUGCAUUUCCCCUCUUCAUAAGUCAGAGUUUCAUUCGAAAUUGACUUUUAGUAGUACACUCAAGAGAUUUCGAAAUUACAAACAUUCUAUAGAAUUAUUUUGCGAUCAUGCGAAUAGAUUUGUAAAUCCAAACUUCCUGGAUUUUAUUCCGUUUACGUUUAAAUAGAUAAUUUUUCUGAAAAUGUCGCUUUGGAAAUAAAAUACUUGUAAUUUCGUUUUUUGAAAGCUUUUUGCUCAUCUAGACUCCAUGAAAAAAAAAAUUAAAAUUCUAGAUGAUGAAAGAUUCUAGCAAUUUAUCAAGUAGCAAAGAAUAGAAACAUUCCCAAAGAAUAUUUUAAUCCCCGAUAAGUACUUUUACUUAUCCUUCCAACUAUCAGAGCGAAACCAAUUGCGGCCUAAAGUCCAUCAAGAAUUGGUAUAUUCGCCUUUCGGCCUGUUAUUCUCAUUUGGACUUAUGAGUUAACGCGUGAGAAAACUUUGUUUAUACGCAACUUUUGUUUAUGUUCCGUCUAUCUUAUAAAAGUUUUUUGGCAAAUAUUUAAAGUAUUUUUUAUAUAAGGAAAUUGUUAUACAUUGGAAUUAGAACUAAGUAGAUCUUAUAACAUAAUCUUCAACCAACUAAAAUGAACAUUUUUCGAAAGUAUAACGGUUUUGAUUGAAACGGAUAUGAAAACAGGGCUGUUUGCUUACCUUAAAAACUUUUCAAAAAGGGAAAAUAAGCUACAGGCUGAAUGCUUAUGAAAAGACGUACUUUUUCGAAUUGACAAAUACUUAAGACCAUUAAACACAUCCUUUAAAUUUGUAUGAAC